UUGGAGUCUUGGGACCUGAAAGACCCGGGUUCCCCUGCCUCAAAUAGGAUUGCAGAUGAUAUGGAUCUACAUUUGUCUUCUGAGUGGGCCCACGAGCCCGCGACCCGGAUGGCGGUCGCGGGCCAGGACAUCCUCUUUGUGACUCCACACACGACCGAUUUGUUGGACUCGGAAGGCCUCUGUGGGAUCGACUACAGGGGAUCCGGACUCCUGGCCAGUGUGACUAUUGAUUUUGAUGUGAAUAGAUAUGAGGCGGAGGGUGGGGAUCUGGUGAGGUGCUCCUCACUGGGGAAUUGGGCUGUUUUCGUGGGGAACUGUAGCCACGCGGUUGCGUUGCCUGCGGCCCAGCUGCCUGGGCUCAGGCCCAACUCCAUUUACUUCACGGAUUUGGAAGACACCGAGGUGUUUGAGAAUGAUGAACUGAUGAACGGCCACGACAUUGGGAUUUUCGAUUGCGAGAAGAAGACCGUGUUACCGUAUGGAGGCUACCAUGUUCUGGACGAGUCGACUCACUACAUUAUCGAUCUCCGCCCGACGGCACAACAGUUAUGGAAGCCGCCGAUCAGUGUUUCGGGACAAAACGACAAAGGAGGCGAGGGCAUCUCCGCCCGACGGCACAACAGUUAUGGAAGCCGCGGAUCAGUGUUUCGGGACAAAACGACAAAGGAGGCGAGGGCACCUCCGCCCGACGGCACAACAGUUAUGGAAGCCGCGGAUCAGUGUUUCGGGACAAAACAACAAAGGAGGCGAGGGCAGGGUUCAAAAGUCAAAUGA